CCACCCCAGAGCCCAGCAUGGCCAAACUGACCCAACUCUUCCAGGAUUUCAUGAGUCGCUUUAACAGGACCUACAACAGCCCUGAAGAGCAGCGCCGGCGGCUGCUGAUCUUCAGGCAGAACCUGGCCACUGCCAGGGCCCUGGAGAAAGCUGGGCAGGGCAUGGCCCGGUUUGGCAUGACUCGCUUCAGCGACCUCACUGAGGAGGAGUUCCGGGCACAACUGCUGAGCCCCAUGCCUGGCCAUGCCCCACGCCCCUCUGCGCUGGCUCCCAGCAAGCCAGCACCUCCCAGCUGUGACUGGAGGAAGGCAGGGGCUGUCACACCUGCCAAAGACCAGGGCCAGUGCGGUUCCUGUUGGGCCUUUGCCGCAGUCGCCAACAUCGAGUCGCUCUGGUUCAUCCGGCACCAGGAGCUCUACAACCUCUCUGUGCAGCAGGUGCUGGACUGCAGCCGGCUGCAGGUGGCCUGUGAAGGCGCCUUCCCCUGGGUUGCAUUCACUGUUGCCUGGAUGUACGGUCUGACCCCAGAGGAGGAGUACCCAUACACGGCCUGCCAGAACAUGUGUGAGGAAAGGCACCGAGCUGUCGCCCAUGUCCAGGCCUUCCAGAUCCUCUCGUCUGAUGAAAAGAGGCUGGCUGCCCACAUCGCUGCCCAGGGGCCUGUCACCGUGGGCAUCAAUGCCAAACUGCUGCAGUUUUAUAAAGAGGGCAUCAUCACAAAGAAUAUGGCUUGCAAUUGUGACCCACGUGAAAUGAACCACGCUGUGUUGCUGGUGGGCUAUGGCCUGGAGAAGAAGACCCCGUACUGGAUUGUGAAGAACUCGUGGGGGCCUGAGUGGGGGGAGGAGGGCUCUUUCCGCAUCUACCGUGGAAGCAAUGCCUGUGGCAUUGCCUCAUUGCCCGUCACAGCCACGGUGGCUGAGGAUGACUCUGAGGAGGUCCUAAUGUCCUGCCCACCCUGACAGGAUGGAUGGAUGGAUGGAUAGGCUGCAUCUCUUUCCUACAGCAAUCACGGAGCAAGAAAGAUGGGCAGCUGCAUGCACAAGACUUGCCGGGGGUAUAGACUUUAUUAGGCUUUAGGCUGCUUAGUAGUGGAGUAUUAGACUCAGGUCCUGUUUGCUUGCUGUUCUCUAGCUAGAGGUAAGAUAGGAAGAAGGGGCAACCAGUGAUGGAAAUGCUUAGGGGAGGAGGUCCUCGAAUAUAGGACACAACUGGCUCAGCCAGGAGGACGCUGCGGCUUGGUACAAGACCAUCUGGUUUGGCAACAGAGACAGUUUUCUACUGUCACCAAAACAGGUCUACUGCCUGGCCUGGUCUGGAAUAGACCUGGAAAAGUCCAUGUGACUUCCCCAUUAGAAGGAGCAAUAUUAUCUUAACACAGAAAGAGCCCAUGCACAGUUAUGUGGUUACUUGCUUUGUCAGACAUCUCUCUUAACUGA